AUGGCGGACGCGUCCGAGGCGUUGGAGGCGAUUUUCCACGCCGUGCACCGCGCGCUGGCGCCGAAACACGGCGGCGCGCGCGCGCGCCGCGCCGUCUCGCCGAUCAAGUCGAACAGUCCGGGCCGCGGCUUGUUCCUCGACCAAGAGUGCGGGUACCGAUCCAUCGUCCACGAGUGCUUCGGGAUGGACGUGGAGGAGUACAUGGCGUGCGGCGAGUGCGGCAUCCGGAGCCGGACGCUGCGGUACACCAAGUUCACGCACCUCGUUCCCGCGACGGCGCUCGUGCUGGCGAUGGAGCACGCGGAGGGCGUCAUCACGAUGGAGGACGCGAUGCGGCACAUCGACGGGUCGGAUGCCAAGGCGUGCGACCGCGACGUCGGCGGGUGCGGCGUCAUGAACAGCAUCAAGCACGCGCUCGGCGGCGCCGGCGGCGGCGACGCGGCGCCGCGGAUGUUUUGCCUCGGGCUCGCCUGGGAUUCCGCGAGCGUGGAGAAGGAGCAGAUCGUCGCGACGUUGCGGCACGUCUCCACGACCUUGGACCUCGGGCAGGUGUACGAGCGCGUGCCGAAGACGACGCCCGCGUACGCGUUGCGGUGCGUGAUGUGCUACUACGGCGAGCACUACGCCGCGUUCGCGCGGGCGGACGACGACGAC